CCCCUCCCCUCUUACUUGAGGGCAAGCCUCAGCAUGCUGGCCACCCACCAAACUGCGUGGAGAUGAUUUGGUAUCAUGCAACUCCAGAUUCUUCUGUGGUCUUUCUGCUCCUGCUGCUGUCUUUCUGCUCCUGCUGCUGGCUCAUCCCGGCCAGUCAAGAACUGCACAUUUCGUUAUCCUCCCAUCGCUACAUCUGACUUUUCCCGGGAGAUAAAAUCACUGAAAGAAUACUUGCUCCUGGACUACAAAGUAUUGAUGCCGUUCAAUCUGAAACCGGACAUAUUCUGUGGGGAGUUGUGGGACCUGCAUUUCAUCAAUGAAAACCUAAAGAAAUUGAUCAGCGUGUCUGGGAAAAGCCUGGCAAAGUUAUUCACGGAGAUAUACAAUCAAACAAAAUUUGUUGAAGAUUGUAAUAUUGAAGUAGAUAAUAGUUCUGUCAAUUUUGAGUUGGCAAAUAUCUCUCAGUUUGUAGACCUUAUUCCCUUCCGCCUUCGGUCUCUAUCAAAGAAGAUGGAGGAUCUUACUUCAGAAGAAAAUGAUGCUGACUUUCGGAACUGCACCAUUAUUCAGUGCCAAAUAGGUAACAUUUUUGAGUGAUAGGGGAAAGGGGCGAGGAGAAAAAGAUUUGGUCAUGUUCCCACUUGCACCUAACCAUGGCUCGUUCAUGUCCUCCAACAUUUUUAUCUGCUGUGUCCCAUGUCCCAUUCAGCUC